AUGUCCUCCGUCGCACUAUUCCCCAUUACUCCGCCACCGGCGGCAUCUAAUCCCGUGUGCCGGCCAUCCUCCACUGCCAACUCUCCGGGUCCAGAAAAACUUGCCGCACUGAUAGACAAAUCCAAAUCCGCAAACCAGCUCUACCAAAUCCAUGCCUUCCUCUACCGCCACAACUUAAGCGACCACCAAAUCCUCUCCUUCAAGCUUCAGCGCUCCUACUCUGCCGCCGGCCGUCUCGACCACUCACUUUCGAUUUUCCGGCAAACUCAGACCCCCGACGUCUUCUUCUACAGCUCAAUUAUCCACGCACACGCGCUCCACAACCUCCACAAAGAUGCCCUCCUCUUGUACGUCCAAAUGCUCACCGAUAACGUCACCCCAAACACUUUCACCUUCUCGUCGAUUCUGAGGUCUUGCCGGCUUCAAGCCGGCAAGGCAUUGCACGGGCAAGCGACGAAACUCGGGCUCGAAUCAGACACCUACGUGAGUACUUCACUCCUUGACGUUUAUGCCAAAGGGGAAGAUAUGGAGUCUGCGCGCAAGCUGUUUGAUUCUAUGCCCGAGAGAAGUUUAGUCUCGCUGACGGCGAUGAUUACUUGCUACGCCAAGUGCGGGAUGGUUCGAGAGGCGAGGGUGCUUUUCGACGGACUGCAGGAUAAAGAUGUUAUCUGUUGGAACGUGAUGAUCGAUGGGUACGUUCAAUUUGGGUCGCCGAAUGAAGGGUUGUCUCUAUUUAAGCAGAUGCUGAGAGCUAAAGUGAAGCCAAAUGAAGCAACCAUGGUCGCGGUUCUCUCCGCUUGUGCUCAAAUCGGGGCUCUGGAGUCAGGGAGAUGGCUCCACUGGUACGCGGAGAAUCACGGGAUUGAUAUCAAUGUCCGCGUCGCGACUUCCUUCAUCGACAUGUACUGCAAAUGCGGUAGCUUGGAGGAAGCCCGUCUGGUUUUCGAGAGAAUCACUCACAAGGACGUCGUGGCUUGGAACUCGAUGAUCGUUGGAUAUGCGAUGCACGGGUUGAGCGACGUCGCACUCCAGCUGUUCGACGAAAUGUGUAGACUUGGGUACAAGCCGACUGAUAUAACUUUAAUCGGCGUUCUGAAUGCCUGUGGUCACUCCGGCUUGGUUCGUGAAGGGCGGGAAAUCUUCUCUUCCAUGGCGAGGACGUACGGUAUUGAACCAAAAGUUGAGCACUAUGGGUGCAUGGUGAACCUCCUCGGUCGAGCCGGGUAUUUAGAAGAAGCUUAUGACCUGGUGAAGAACAUGGAAGUAGAGCAGGACGCAGUGUUAUGGGGAGCUUUGUUAGGCGCAUGUAAAAUUCACGGCAACGUUGCUUUGGGGGAGGAAAUUGCAGGGCUGAUGAUGAGACAGAAUCUCGAGAAUUCCGGCACAUAUGUUUUGCUCUCCAACCUCUACGCCAAGGCAAACAACUGGGAAGGUGUGGCCAAGGUGCGAACCAUGAUGAGAGACGGUGGAGUAGAGAAAGAGCAUGGUUGUAGCUCGAUUGAAGUGAACAACAGAGUGCACGAGUUCGUCGCUGGAGACUCGUGGCAUCCGAGGAGCAACGACAUCCAUAUGAUGCUCGAAAAGAUGAAUGUAUGGGUGAAGGCUCAAGGGCACACCCCUCGGACGGACACUGUGUUGCAUGAUCUAGGGGAGGAAGAGAAGGAGAAGUCCCUUGGUGUACACAGCGAGAAACUGGCCAUGGCUUUUGGGCUCAUCAGUACCGAACCAGGAGCCACAAUAAGGAUCGUGAAGAACCUCAGGGUGUGUUCUGAUUGCCAUGAUGUGAUGAAGUUGGUCUCCAAGAUCACUCGUAGGGCGAUCGUAAUGAGAGACAGAAAUCGUUUCCACCAUUUCAACAAUGGCUCGUGCUCUUGCGGCGAUUAUUGGUGA